AUGGCGUGUGCCUCCUGUGGAGAUGGGCCGAUGGAGAGAGGGAGGAUGAAGAGGAAGCGCUGGGCUCGCUGCGGGCUGGGCUCAGGUGCGGGUGCCCCGGCGGGUCAGGGCUUCCAGCUGCAUCAGCCCCAGGACAAGGUGUCGGUGGCAGCGGGGCGGACGCUCAGCCUGACCUGCACCGUGUCUGGAGAUGGUCCCCCUGGUCCUGUGGGGUGGCUGAAGGGCUGGGGCAGUGGGAGCCAGACCGUCUAUGACCAGACGGGCUCCUUCCCCCGCGUGACGAGGGUAGUGGCUGAGUCCAACACGGACUUCAGCAUCCGCAUCAGGGACGUUGGCCCUGAGGAUUCCGGCACCUAUUACUGCGUGAGGUUCCGCAAAUCGGUGGAUGAUGUGGAUGAGGUGUUUCAGCGUGGAAGGGGCACGGAGGUGUCCGUACAAGCCAAACCCACUCCCCCGGUCAUGUCCUGGUCCGGCCGCAGAGUGGUGCCGGGGCAGUCGGUGUCUGUCACCUGCGAAGCUGGAGGGUUCUUCCCCAAAGACAUCACGGUGAAAUGGCUCAAGGACGGGGCCCCGAUCACGGCUCAGCAGCCCCAGAUCACCCCAUGGCCGACGAAAUCCUCCUUCAACAUGUCCAGCACCGUGACGGUGACGCUGCAGGAGGACGAUGUCCGCUCGCGGCUCACCUGCGAGAUAGAGCACCCCACGCUGCCGGCCCCGGUGACGGGGACGUACCAGCUCAGCGAAGCCCUGCGAGUCCCCCCCCGUGUCAGCGUGGCCCCUGACGCACCGAGCCCCGUUAAGGUGAACAAGACCGUGAACUUCACCUGCCACGUGAAGGGGUUUUACCCGGGAGACGUGGCCGUCACCUGGCUGGAGAACGGGACGGAGAUGAAGGUGGAGAACAUCCCCCAGCCGGAGGAGAACCAGCGGGGCUUGUUCGAUCUGAGCAGCCUGGUGGAGGUCAAAGCGACGGAGGAGAAGAACGGGUCCGAGUUCACCUGCCGAGUGGUGCACGAUGCCCAGGAGCCCAUCAGCAAGACGGCUGCCCUGUGGAUCGCUGCCCCAGCCAGGGAGGGAGAACUCGGCGACUUGUCCCAGACAGGCAACGCCAAUUUGCUCACCAUCUAUAUCGUGGUGGGAGUGAUCUGCACUGUGCUGGCGCUGCUGGUGGCUGCAAUUCUUUACCUCAUCUGGGCAAAGCAGAGCAAGGGUAAAAGCUCGCCAUCUGCUAGGUUACACGAGCCGGAGAAGAGCAGCGAGGCCACUACCCAGGAAUCCGACCCCAACAACCUGACCUACGCGGACCUGAACUUCGACAGAGAGAGGAAGAGCCAUCGGCAAUGCUGGUUGUGCUUCUGGAACGGACAUUUAACCGGCGAUGACAACCUCACCUACGCUGACCUGGACAUGGUGCAUCUUAGCAAGGCGCCCAAGCGGCCGGCCCCGUGCCCCGAGGAGGCCGGCUCUGAGUACGCCAGCGUCCAGAUCCCAAGGAAGUGA